CGGACCGCCAUGGCCGCUUUGGCCCUCGAGUCCGACGUAGACCUUGGUGAGCUGGCUGCAGAAGCCGUUCCUUCUACUCCUAAGCAGGCGAUCAAGAAGAAGAAGAGCAGAAAGUCCUCUGCCAAGAAGGACAAGAAGGAGGAGCCUGAGUCGACAACGAAGAAGUGUGCUGACUGCGGUCAGACCAAGAGCUUGGACGACUUUAACGACGACCAGGGGGUCUGCCGGGGCUGCUACAACACUGACCGUUCGUUGUUGCGGGUGGCCAAGACGCAAGGCGUCAAGGCCCAGGUGGUUGAGCUCAAGAAGCAGGAUCCCAAGAACUACGAAAGCUUGUUGCGGAAAGCAUUCGUGAAAAGCAGAUCCGAGCAAAAGAAGAAAGGAUCCAGAGUCAAAUUCGGGAUCGCGAACUUCAUCUCCGAACUCAAGCGCUCCGAUGGCUGCCGGAUAGGCAGCUACGGGGAGAUGAUGUGGGAGGAGGAGUACUACGAGUGGGCGAAGACGGCGAAGGCCGGGUUCUUGUCGCAGGCGGAGAGGGAGGCCAACUGGAGGAGGAUGAUGUCGGAGGCGGACGCCGGCAAGAGAGCCUCGGAUGAGAAAGGGCCGAGGGGCUUCAGGCGUGUGUUUGUGCACACGAAGGAUCAUUCUGAGAACUAUGCUGACGUGUCGAGGUCGCGGAUGAUUCAGCAGGUGGAGACUUCCAAGAAGCCGACAGAAGCUCACCUGGCUACCCGUCGGCAGCUUCUGUUCUCCGACUUCGACCUCACGGGUGAGACCGCGACCGACGAGUUUGGGGACAUGAUGGAGCAUGCGCAGCAGGCUUGUGGUGGACACGAUGAUAUGGCUGUCAUGGGCGGCCCUGACCUUGGGGCGAUGAUUGCAGAGGCAAAGGACCGCAAGGGCAAGACGGGCAAGAGCAAGGCCAAGCCCGCCUUGUUGAAGACUCAAAAGUCCAAGUCCAAGUCCAAGCUCGAGGCCUCGAGCUCGGAGUACGGAGACUCUGGCUCAGACAGCAGCGCAGAGGCGAAGGAGGUGAAGUCGGAGUCCGACGGCGAAGGCAACCUUUCGGACGAGCAGGGGCAGCAGGGGGACAAGAAGGCGAAAAAGGCCAAGAAGGACAAGGACAACAAGGGGGAUGACAAAUGGUAUGAUGCUGAGACGCAGAACUUGAAGGCCGAGAAGGACUUCGAUCGGGCGGUCCAGGUGUUGAAGGGCAACAUGGAUGCUCAGGUCACCGCCAUGACAGCGGUGGUCAGGGAGUUCCGUGCCGACAGCAACGCUGCCAAGGCCUAUGUGGACGAGAUGGCAGUGGUGCUGCGGCGUCAGGAAUGGCUCGUGGCCGUGAAGGACAGCGAUGAAAAGAGGCUUGAGACGUUGCAGCAGGCAACUGCCAUCCCUGCCAGUGGUGAGGAUUCGGCCAGUGUUGCCGGCUCCCGUGACAGCGGAGCCGUAGCCCGUGCUGGGCCCUGUGCGGGGUACCAGAGCCUGAAAACGUUGAACGAUUUCUCGGGGAAGGGCAUCAAGUUCCGUGCCUGCACGAGCAAAGAUCAGCUCAAGAAGGUGCAAGAGUCCAUGGGUCCAGCGAAGAAGCUGUACCAAACAUUGCUAGCUUCCUGCAAAGCUUCGGUGAGUGAACUUCGUUCUGCCAAGCAGCGUGCAGCUGCGGCGGAGGAGGCUAACAAGAGAAAACGCAUCAGAGAAGAGGAGAACCUCAACAAGGCCAAGCCCAAGCGAGGGAGGGGCAAGGCGACCGUGAAUCCGGCUCAGGCGGCGAGUGGCCUGGCUCACCAUUCCAUCUUCGAGCUGGAGUCAUCGGAUUGUGCGACGAUCCCGUCCGCAACAACCUGGCAAAGCGAUUGGUUGCUUGACAAGGCCUUCGUGAUCUCUAACAUCGACCAGAUCGUCGACGAGGAGAGUGCCCGGAAGUCAGUGAAGACGUUGCUGAGCGACUUCGCGAAGGCUUUCAACGAGAGCAGCUUGAAGGUCACCGAAGGUCGUGCUUCUCAAAGCCUGGCUGCUGAUGUUGGGAAAGCCGUGCAAACGAAGUUUGAUGCUCUUGUGCAUGCUGACAUCCAGGGCAGGCCUGUGUGGCAAUGCAGCAUUGCAGCAGAAGAGGCGGCUCUGACCAAAGCAUUGGCCUUGCAGGCCUUCGGGCUUGCUGCAGGACACGUGUCAAGCGGCAAGGCGGAACUUCACCAAAUGUCUUGCAUGCGGUGGUCGAGCCAGGGCACCAGAGAAGUGGCAAUGAUUUCGUUUGAAAGCGUCGCCGCCUUCCUCGAGUCGGAGAAGGGUGCGGGCCAUGGCGCCCAGUUUCAGCAUGCUUUGACAUGGGCGGCCUCAGCGUCGCUCGCCGACCUGAAGACGCUCCUUGCCUCCCAGCCGGGCAGCAUCACACGUGCCACAGUGGGACCAAAGGUGCAGAUGAAGACUUCUCGAGUCCUGCCCAUCGAGCCGGCGGGUUCUGGCUCUGAUGGUGCAAACGGCCCUGCCAUCGACGAAGCUUUGCGGGUUCUCGAUGAGGAUGCCAAAGCGACGGCGGCGGAAACAGACGAGCAGGCUGCCGCCGCGGAAGCCAAGAAGAUCGCCGCCGCCGAGGCCGAGGAAGCCAAGAACAUCGCCGCCGCCGAGGAAGCCAAGAAGAUCGCCGCCGAGGAAGCCAAGAAGAUCGCCGCCGCCAAAGAGGAGGAAGCCAAGAAGAUCGCCGCCGAGGCCGAGGAAGCCAAGAAGAUCGCCGCCGCCGCCGAGGAAGCCAAGAAGAUCGCCGCCGCCAAAGAGGAGGAAGCCAAGAAGAUCGCCGCCGAGGAAGCCAAGAAGAUCGCCGCCGCCGACGAGGAAGCCCAGAAGAUCGCCGCCGCCAAAGAGGAGGAAGCCAAGAAGAUCGCCGCCGCCGAGGAAGCCAAGAAGAUCGCCGCCGAGGCCGAGGAAGCCAAGAAGAUCGCCGCCGAGGCCGAGGAAGCCAAGAAGAUCGCCGCCGCCAGCGAAGCCAAGAAGAUCGCCGCCGCCAACGAAGCCAAGAAGAUCGCCGCCGAGGCCGAGGAAGCCAAGAUCGCCGCCGCCAGCGAAGCCAAGAAGAUCGCCGCCGCCAGCGAAGCCAAGAAGAUCGCCGCCGCCGAGGAAGCCAAGAAGAUCGCAACGGAAGCCCAGAAGCAGACCGCAGAUGACAAGACCAAGCCCAAGGCGGACAACAAUGACUCCCCGAGUAAAAAACUCCGUCUAGUCUGA